AGGAAAUUCCAGGGGCCGGAGCCGGGGCCACCAGCCCGUCGCGGAGCCGAGGAGCAGGAGGCGGUGCUGGGCCGGAGCGGGGCGUCAGGGCCACCAUGGAGACCCGCUACAACCUCAAGAGCCCAGCUGUCAAACGUUUAAUGAAAGAAGCAGCAGAAUUGAAAGAUCCUACAGAUCACUACCAUGCUCAACCUUUAGAGGAUAACCUUUUUGAAUGGCACUUCACUGUUAGGGGCCCCCCAGAUUCUGAUUUUGAUGGAGGAGUUUAUCAUGGACGAAUAGUACUGCCACCAGAAUAUCCUAUGAAACCGCCAAGCAUUAUUCUGUUAACAGCUAAUGGAAGAUUUGAAGUAGGCAAGAAAAUUUGUUUGAGCAUCUCAGGACAUCAUCCUGAAACUUGGCAGCCUUCAUGGAGUAUCAGAACAGCAUUGUUAGCCAUCAUUGGAUUUAUGCCAACGAAAGGAGAAGGUGCCAUAGGGUCUUUAGACUACUCGCCUGAGGAAAGAAGAGCACUUGCCAAAAAGUCACAAGAUUUCUGUUGUGAGGGAUGUGGCUCAGCAAUGAAGAUCGCCUUGUUGCCUUUGUCGUCAGGAAGUGAUUCAAGUCAGGCUGAUCAGGAAGCCAAGGAACUUGCUAGACAAAUCAGUUUCAAGGCAGAAGUCAAUUCAUCUGGAAAAUCUAUCACUGUGCCAGAUUUAAAACACUCUUUCUCCUUAAGUGAGCCACAGCAGGAAUACACCUUCACAUUCCAGGAUACAACAGCCAGUACAUCGUGUGAUGCUCAGAACAUUGCUGCAACAUCCUUCCAAGAGCCUCCCCAAACCAUUUCUAAGAAUACCUCUAUGAGCCCUCGACAGCGCCGGGCCCAGCAGCAAAGUCAAAGAAGAACGUCAUCGUCUUCACCUGAGGUUCAGGUCCAGCAGCCAAGAGCCAGCCCCAACACGGAUCAUAUCGGAUCAGCCAUACUGAUCGUCAUCCUGACUCUCGCAUUGGCAGCUCUCAUCUUCCGACGAAUCUAUCUGGCCAACGAGUACAUAUUUGACUUUGAGUUAUAACAUUGCUUUUGUCUUAAGAGCUGUGACUCGAAUGCUUCAUUAAACAUUCUGCAGUGGGUAUGAUAUAAGAACUGUUUACAAAAAAAAUUUUGUAUUUGCCCCUCACCUCCUUUUUUGAUCCUUAUAAAUGUCAGUAUAUAUCUAGACAGAUUUUGAGGCUAAUUAUGUCCAUAGAGAGUAAAUAUUAGCAUUUAGCUCAAGGGACUGGAAAUCAUAAAUCCCACAUCCCACCACUGGCCUGCAUUAUGACUCUUGGAAAAUCACUUAGAACUCUCUAUGCCUCAAUUUCCUUAUGUAUAAAUUUGUGAUAAUUUUUUGUAAAGUUAUUUGAAACUUUGGAUAAAAAGUGGUAUUUAAAUUCCAAGUGUUACUGGUAGCUCAAUGCCCAUUGUGUUGGGUACUAGACCUCUGCUUGAGAAGAAUAAUUUGGGAGCAGAGGAGAAUUGGAGAGGGGAAAACAAAACCCCUUGUUUCUGGGGUUCAGAUUCUGGUGUCCUGCUUAAAUGUCAUUCUUAGGAGGUGAAGUAGAAUUGGGCAUUUUAUGAAAUUUCUGUGCAUGUGAGAAACCAUGUUUUAGUAAAGGUGAAAAAUUACUUCUGACAAAAGCAUUUAAGGAGAAAAACAUUACCAUAUUUGUGAAUAGACUGUUGACUAAGAAAAGGGAAUGUUGCUUUGCAAACGUUUUCUUUUAUUCUCCAGAUAGUUUCAAAUCCCCACAGAUCUUUGGUUUUAGUGGGAAAAAAAAGGGUCCAGGCCAGAAAAUAAUUUCUUUUUCCUUUGAAGUUAUAUAGGUUGAUCUUAAGAUUUGAAUGUUGUCUCUGAUUAUAUCAGUUGUAUAUCUUGCUUUUUAAAUUGAAGGUUAUAUAACAUGUUCUUAAAAUACUUAUAAAUAAGGAAUAUAAUCAUUUACCCAGUGCUACUAUCUUUUAAUUAUUCCAAAAUAUGCAUAAUGUAUAGAAAUGUUUUGCCCAUCCUUUAUGAAAAAGCAAGUGAUAGAAAAAUGUGUGUUUAAUUGAAAUCAAUGUGAUCCAAGCCCAAGACUUAACUUUAAUGUGAAAAACAUUCACUUACAAGAGUAUGUCAUGCUAGUUACCCAGGGUUAUUCCAAUGCCUUGUGGGAAAGCAGAGCCAUGGAAAUAUUAUCUUUGUUUUUUAAUACAUUUAACUCAAUGGCAGCAUUGUCGGCAAUCACUGGGGCAGUAUUAUUGAAAAGCUUUGAUUGUAUUUCUUUUCUUUUUAAAAAAAUUUUUUUGAGACUGGGUCUCACUAUCUCACCCAGGCUAAAAGUGCAGUGGCUACUCAGGGCCCGAUCCCACUGCUGAUUGAUUGGUUUGGAAGCUUUAACCUGCUUGUUUUUCCAUCUCCGCUCCCUGGGGGCUCACCAUAUUGGUGCCAGACUUAGUGCAAAUGCCUGGUCAGCUUUAGUCUUAACUGUGGCUCAGAAUUCCCAGGUUCAAGCAAACCAGCAGCCUCAGCCUCCCCAGCAGCAGACACUACAGGCGUGUGCCACGAUGCCUGGCUGAUUGUAUUUUUAAUACAGGCAGCUCCCAACUGAAGAAAGGGCUGUGUUCUUAAAGUUUUAUUUGGAAGUUGUUCUAGAAUACAGAAUCCAUUUGCUCUCCGGGAAAAAUAUUAUGGUGUUUAGAUUCUGAGGCCAGCCCACAAAAGACUUUAAAUCAGAAUGUAACUGAUAAAAGGUCUUAAUCAAGUUCAUUAUGCAGUUUUAAACCUUUUAAACUUCUAACUUUUGAACCUUACUGACUUAGGUUGUAAUUAUGAAACAAUCUGUAAGUAGCAUUGAAAGGCAAGUUUACUUUUCUUCUUACAGUUGAUGCAGUUCUUUUCAUCCACACAGUAGCUAGUUUUCAUUUGUCACAAGAUUUAAAAUGAGAACACAUUGUAUAAAUCUAUGUAAUGUGGUUUUCCUGAGCCUUAAUAAAUUUGCUUUGCAAUGAUAUUUACAGAUUGUGUUUAUCAUGUCUGCAACCUAAAUUAUUAAGCUUCAGAGAGCACAAGGACUUUAUGAAGACACUCCCCUAAACUCCCUCCCCCCAUACCAUAUUGGUCUGAAUAUAGGCUGCACUUUUACCCUUAAAUCUGGUGUAUAUAUAACCUGAGUGUGGCCUGUAAUUAGCAUUAUUUUUCGCUGUGUGUGUUUGUGUUAUUUUCUCUCACUAUCUCAUUUUAAUGGUAUGGCCUAUAUUUGGAGCAAUAUUAUUUCAGCUGUGUUAUUAGGUUAUAAAGGGGCCAUUGUCUAAUUGAAUCUUUGUAUCCUUAGUCUUUAGUCCAGUGCCUUGCACAUAAUAGGCACUUAAUAAAUUUUUGUUAAAUUGCAUUAAGGGUUUAAUAGGCCACUGAGCCUUUUGGUAUUGUUUAUUUGGGAAAAUGUGUUCUGAAUUUCAUCUCAUGAUGCUAAAAACACUCAUGGGAAGCCACAGUGGCCCUUUUUAUCAGUGAGAAGGGAAUUCACUUGUCUUCCUCUGCCUCAUUCACUCUCCUCUUCCUGCCACAAUAGCCAGGAUGGUCCCGUGUCACCUGCUGAAGAUAAAUCUUUGCCCUUCUUCCCUCUGCCAUUUCCCCAGUCUCCAAUCUGUGGUAGUCCCUAAAUGCCGGGGGAGAAGGGGUGCAUAAUAGCUCGGAGAAUGUUUCCUAUAAUCUAAAAAAAGUCUUUCUAACAGCUCAGCAUGAGACAGCCAUUCACCUGUAUGAGAAUUUACUGAAGUUGGUUUGAUGUUCUUAGUUAUGAAGCUAUGAUCAUUAGAGUAGAAAGGGUUUUUUUCCCAUUAUAGGUAUCAGUAAUCUGAUCCAGAUGCCCACCUUGCCACAUCUGCCUCUUUCCCUCCUUUAUUUCCAGCAGACACCUAUGAGAACAACAAAAGUUACCCCUACCUCCACACAUUCUGCCUUUCAUCUCUCACAAGUUCUUAAGGACAGAUACUUGAGUUGUUAUUCUGGCCUCUUUUGGGGGAAUUAGGGAACAAGUAAAACUGCAAGGGGUGGGGAAGGGUUCUCAUUUAAUUCUUACCCCUAACAGUAUUCAAGAGAACCAUACUUCUACUUCCUCAUUGCAGGGUAAGGCUGCACAUGGCCAGUGACCUGGUGGAUCAGCCCUCUGUGGUUCUUCCUCGUCCAUGGAUUUGUGUCAACCACAGCUGCUUGUAGUCACAGAGCCUAAGUUUACAUCAAGCUGGUUAAAGUCAGCAACUUUUAAAAGAAACUUAUUUAGUGUCUGUUUCAUUUAAAAUUUCCUAGAAGAUUUAAUUAGCUUUUCUCAUUAUAUUGGGGGGCUUUUAUUUAGCACUUUGUUUUCAAUGCUGCUUAUUUUUGUUUUAUUAUACUAAAAAUAAAUAAUCAGUGUUUCAUCAA